GCGUGCCUAUAUUAUAUAUACAUAAAUAACGCAUAACUGAAACCGCGCUCUCUCUCGGUCUCCUUAUUUUUCACGUACAGUAAUUGUAUCGUUAUUUACGCAAGUGUGUGCGGCGGUUAAUUUUUCGUUGAUCUCGCGAUUCCCCGAAGUAAACCGCUACGAGUCGUAGUCGUUUUUGCAAGAACCUAUUUUGGUUAUCGAAAGAGGUCGAUUCUCGAUUUUUACGGUCGAGAUCAAAGUUCGAGGAAACGAUCGUUUUUCGAAUAUUUUACGUUUCCUUUCUUCCUUGCCCCUGUUUUUUUGUUACUCCCCCUGUGGAAGGCGCGCGACGAUUCGAAGAUCGUUCGCCUCGCUCCGAGAGUGAUGACAACACGAUUUUGGUGCGCCGAUGGUGCGAUAGAUGAAAAAUAAAAAAAAAGUCAUCGUGUUUGUGUGCAAAAUAAUAGUAAAUAUUGAGUGAGCCCUCCAAUAUAUCUACCGGUGAUCGUGUGUGUGUAUAUCGGAGCUUUAUUUCUCGCCUGCAGCCGAAGAUAUAUACCCUAACGAAACAACAAAAAUCUCUGACACAGAAAAGAUGUGUAUCGCCGCCCGCAAGAGAGGACAACGAUGAGUACCAGCAGCGGCAGUACUAGUAAUAGAAGCGGUUGUAAGCCUGCGAGAAGAGCAGCAGCAGCGAGUGAAAGACAAGAUAUUCUAUAUACGGAGGCUUACAACCACGAAGCGGGCGACAAUAAUCGCCAACGGAGAGAAGUAGGAAGAGUCGGAAGAGGAGGAGUCGGCAGCGGCGGCGGCCUACCGAUACCACUUCUGGGCUCACGUCUCCGCGCGACCAAGCGGACAUAACGAUGUAAUCGAUCGGUUUUUCCUUUCGGAGGAAGGGGAGAGUGAGCGGGAGAGAGAGAGAGAGGAGGGAAGAGUCGAAGCUGGCACACACAGGACAGGCCUGCGCCGCCCGCGCCUUCGUUAUCGGAUCAUUAUACCGAACGAACGAGAGAUACACACAAAAGUUCGCGAGUUCGCGGAGGAGCCAAUCGGGGGAGAAGAUCCAUAUAUUUAGUAUAUCAUUAUUAUAAAGUCGAUCGAUCGAUCAUCGACGUCGUCGCUUCGUUUUUUUUGUCUCGCGGGGUUGGAGGACACAAUAAUGCUCGGUAGAAGCGGCUGCAGCUUGGGGACGACGCUACAACAACAACAACAACAACAACAACAACAACAACAACAACAACAACACCAUAACAACAGCAACAACAUCGACAAGGACGACGAGGACUUCAAGACGAGGCCCAACAACAACGACAACAGUAGCAGCAGCAGCAGUAAUAAUAAACACCAGAAAGCCGCCAACAACAGCAGCAGUCCACCGGUAGUUGAGGCAGCGGAGGACACCGAGGAUGUGGACCAGGCCCGAUCCUGCGGCCCAUCCACGGCUGGCCGAGCCGCUACUACGCGACUAUGCCUGGAUGGACUGCGGAUAGGCAGAGACCGCUAUUGUGAUUAUUACCCAGCCGCAGCAGCAGCAAAAUUACCGAGAUGCUACUACCGCCUGCUACAGCCCGACAGAUUGUGAAUGAUGAUGCGACGACAUGAAGCGACGUACUGGACACCUCAGCUGACCCCAGAAGGCGUCCACCUUCAGCGUGGCGAAGGAAGGUUGUGAUUGAUCCCGGUUACGCGAAAAAAGUUAUAUCCUCAACCAAUUAUAUAUAUUGUAAGAUAUAUAUCGAUUAUAAUAGAGAGAAAAAAAACAUAAGACUACGUCGACAACAGCACCAACAACAAUAUACCAACCAUGAAGACGAAGUGCGACUAAAAAAAAGUGUGUGAGUGUUUACAUGUUUUUAUUCUCCUCUCAACCCGAGAUUCCCCUUCCGAUUAUCAUCGCAAUUAUCGAUACACCGAGUCUAGUGUGUUCCAACGAAGAAAUUUACAAGAUAAAAAAGUGAAAAUGUGCCGACGAAACGAGAAAUAAAGAAGAGAGAAGUAAAAUUUCUACGUAUCGAAGAUUGUUGAGCAAUUUUUCGCAAAAGUUCGGGACACCGCGAGUGCCAGUGUAUUCAGUUGAAGAAGAAGAAAAUAUAAAAUAAAGAAAUUUAAAAAAGAAACAUCGGAUAAAGUUUCAAUCGAGCAAUAUUAUACAUAUACGAGAUAUAUAAAUAAAUAAAUCAUACAUAAAAUAAAGUGAGCGCGACAAAUUGCUGUGCGUGCGCGGAAUUAUAUAUAUUUAUAAAGAAUAUAUAUAUAUACAAGUGACAAAAGAAAAAUAAGUGUGUGAGUGUCUGAGUGUGCGAGUGAGUGUGGGUGAAAACACAGUUUCACAAGCGGAUAACAGAGGAGAGAAAGGAUGCCAGGGGGUCGCAGGGGCCUGGUAGCCCCGCAAAACACAUUUCUCGAGAACAUCAUCAGGCGCAGCAGCAGUCAACCCGACAGUAGUUUUCUAUUGGCCAAUGCACAGAUCGUCGACUUUCCAAUCGUCUACUGCAACGAGAGCUUCUGCAAGAUAUCCGGCUACAAUCGCGCCGAGGUAAUGCAAAAAUCAUGUCGAUGCAGCUUCAUGUACGGCGAGCUCACCGACAAGGAGACCAUAGCUCGCAUCGAGGAGUGCCUCGAGGGACAGAUUUGCGACCAAUUCGAGAUUUUGCUUUACAAAAAGAACAAGACGCCGCUAUGGCUGCUGCUGCAAAUCGCGCCGAUCAAGAACGAGCGGGACCUGGUGGUGCUGUUCCUGCUCACGUUCCGCGACAUCACCGCCCUCAAGCAGCCCAUCGAGACGGACGACGUCAAGGGCGGCCUGUCCAAGUUCGCCAAGCUGGCCCGCUCGGUGACGCGCUCGAGGUCCGUCCUCGUGUCGCAGUUCAGCUCGCAUCUGCCCGCCCUGAAGGAUUCCGCCCUGCCGGUGGCCACCAAGCAGUCGCAUCUGGGCCACCGCCGGCGAGAAAUUUAUGGAGUUGCGACGGGCGGCAGGGACGUUGUCGCGGGGCCCGCCGCGGCCGGCGGACUCAUGGUCCUGAGCACACCGAUGAUGUCGCUGAGCGGCGACGUGAUGCCGCAGUAUCGGCAGGAGGCGCCCAAGACGCCGCCCCACAUCCUCCUGCACUACUGCGCCUUCAAGGCCAUCUGGGACUGGAUCAUACUCUGCCUGACCUUCUACACGGCCAUCAUGGUGCCCUACAACGUCGCCUUCAAGAACAAGACGAGCGAGGACGUGUUUCUGCUGGUCGUCGACACGAUCGUCGACGUCAUCUUCUUCAUCGACAUCGUGCUGAACUUUCACACGACUUUCGUGGGCGCCGGCGGCGAGGUCGUGUCCGAUCCCAAGGUGAUAAGAAUGAACUAUCUGAAGUCGUGGUUCAUCAUCGAUCUGCUGUCCUGCCUGCCCUACGACGUGUUCAACGCCUUCGACCACGACGAGGACGGCAUCGGCAGCCUGUUCUCGGCCCUCAAGGUCGUCCGUCUGCUGAGGCUCGGCCGGGUGGUGCGCAAGCUCGACCGCUACCUCGAGUACGGCGCGGCGAUGCUCAUACUCCUGCUCUGCUUCUACAUGCUCGUCGCCCACUGGCUCGCCUGCGUUUGGUACUCGAUCGGCCGAUCGGACGCCGACGCCGGUGUCCAGUACUCCUGGCUCUGGAAGCUCGCCAACGUCACCCAGUCGCCCUACAGCUAUCUCUGGACCAACGCCAGUACCGCGCCCGAACUCGUCGCCGGCCCGCCGCGUCGCACCAUGUACGUCACCGCCCUGUACUUCACCAUGACCUGCAUGACCUCGGUGGGUUUCGGCAACGUCGCCGCCGAGACCGACAACGAGAAGAUCUUCACCAUCUGCAUGAUGAUCAUCGCCGCCCUACUCUACGCCACGAUAUUCGGUCACGUGACGACGAUAAUCCAGCAGAUGACCUCGGCCACGGCCAAGUAUCACGACAUGCUGAACAACGUGCGCGAGUUCAUGAAGCUGCACGAGGUGCCGAAGGCCCUGAGCGAGCGCGUCAUGGACUACGUGGUCAGUACCUGGGCCAUGACCAAGGGCCUGGACACGGACAAGGUGCUGAACUACUGUCCGAAGGACAUGAAGGCGGACAUAUGCGUGCAUCUCAAUCGCAAGGUCUUCAACGAGCAUCCGGCUUUUCGAUUGGCUUCGGACGGCUGCCUGCGAGCCCUGGCGAUGCACUUCACCAUGUCGCACAGCGCCCCGGGCGAUCUGCUCUAUCACACGGGCGAGUCCAUCGACUCGCUCUGCUUCAUCGUGACGGGCAGCCUCGAGGUCAUACAGGACGACGAGGUGGUGGCGAUCCUCGGCAAGGGCGACGUGUUCGGCGACUCGUUCUGGAAGGACAGCGCCGUCGGCCAGAGCGCCGCCAACGUGCGAGCCCUCACCUACUGCGAUCUGCACACGAUCAAGCGCGACAAGCUGCUCGAGGUGCUGGACUUUUAUCAGGCGUUCGCCAACUCGUUUGCCCGCAAUCUGAUACUCACUUAUAAUCUUAGGCACAGGCUGAUCUUUCGCAAGGUGGCCGACGUGAGGCGAGAAAAGGAGCUGGCCGAAAGGCGGAAAAAUGAGCCGCAGCUCGAUCAGUCGCAGGACCACUUGGUGCGCAAAAUUUUUUCUCGGUUUAGGAGAGAGAGACACGCGGCGGACGUGGAGAAGGGCGACGAGAAGGAGGAGAAGAUCAGCAGCGGCUCGCUGGUGCGCAAAGUCGUCGCGGCGCCCGCAGAGCCCGAGGCUAGCGGCCCCGGCAGGCCCAGGGCGAGCAAAUGGGGCCGUCUCUUAGGAAGCUCAAGCUUGGACUCGGGCAGCGACGGCGGAAGCGGCCCCGAGACGUUCAAGCGCAGCCUCAGCCACCGGGGCGACUCGGGGGGCGGUGGCGGUGGUGGUAGCGGCAGUCGCUUCGGUGGCGGCGGCGGCGGACCCAGCUCCAUGAUGGUCGGCGGCCUCGGAGUGGGUUUGAGCAGCGGCGGCGUCGGCUCGAACAAGGUCUUCCCGAAGCUCGGCAAGCUCACCGGGGUGACCAUCGAGGAGGACGUCGAGUCCAAGGAGAUGUCGAGCGGCGGCGGUGGGAGCAGCACAGCCCUGGCGCUGCACGACAGCUCGAAGCAGUCGGCUCUGCAGAUGCGCCGCCUCGAGAGCUACGACGGUGGACUGAUCGGACAAAGCGGCCACGACAGGGAGAUACUCGCGGCGGUGCUCGAGGUCAAGGUCGAUCUGAAGCUCGAGGUGCAGCGGGUGAAUCAGCGCCUGGCGAAGAUCGAGGACCUGCUGGCGCAGAUAGUGACGAGGCUGCCGGCGCCGACGACACCGGCCACCCCGUCGCCGACUCCCACGCCGACUCCGUCGCCCGUGCCACCUCCCGCGCCGCCGCCUGCCAACCUGCUGAUGACCACCGGCGGCAGUCCGUUCGCGCUGGCCCUGGCGAGGAGCCAGGCUGCAGCUGUGGCCGGCCCCUCCGGCAUGUCGUCUUCCUCGGGGGCUGGAUCCCCGCAGCAGCAGCAGCAGCAGCCGACGUGUAGUGGUGGCGGUGGUGGUCAAGGGCCGACGAGCCCCCAGACGCCGACCAGUGCACAGGCGAGCAGCAGCAGUCCCGACAGUAGACCGCCCUCGGUGUCGGCCACCACGCAGACCACGGCGCGCGAGAGGAAUUGGGUCUUGAUCAGAAACUGGGUUCGUGCUGGUGUGCUUUACAGACACAAGUGCGAGCCGUCGCCUUCCACAACGCCCAAGGAAAAGGAGCCUCAGCAUCAUCAUCAGCAGCAGCAGCCCACGCCGUCCACCCCGGGCUGCUCGUCGUUCGCUACAACGGCUUCGUCGUCGUCCACCUCGUCGCCCGCCCUGACUGCCUCGCAGCAGAUCUCGGUGAUCGCGGCAUCGUCACCCAGUCGAGCUCAGCAACACCUGCAGAUCUCGGCGAGCUCGGCGAUGUCGUCGCCGUCUAUCACGAGGUCGCCCGGCUCCAAGGCGCCCACACCACCGCCCCAUCAUCCGCACCACGCGCACCAUCAUCAUCACCAUCAUCAGUAUCAUCAGUACGGUGGAUCGACGCAGCAGCAGCAGCAGCAGCAGCCGAUCACCACCACCACUACCACCACCAGCAGUAGUAGCUCGGGGGCAGGUGGUGGUGGCGGCGUCAGGGAGCCUCUGCUGGAGCGUCUACUGAGCCAUCAUCGUCAGCAGCAGCAGCAGCAGCAACAGGAAACGGCUGCCGAUCAGCAGCCGAGCACAUCUUACGGCGGCGGGGGCGAUGGUCAAGCGACACUCGGUGCUACGUCGUCGACGUCGAGCUCGGGGGCGCUCGGUCCCCUGCUGUUGCGCAAGCGGCGCAGCAAGUCGCGCAGCAAGGGCGCGGCGCCCCUGGCCCCGUUGGCCUCGCAGCCCGUGAGCCCGACCGAGCCCACGGAGACAACGCAGAUGCUGCCGCCGGAGCCAAGUGGGCCCAGCGGUGACGACGGCACCGGUGCAGGUGGUGCUGGUGGCGACGAGCCGAUGCUGAGGCCGUCGUCGUCGAGUGCGACAAGGACUCCUACCGGUACUAGUGCGAGUGAAGAACCGCCGAAAAAGAGACAAGCACCAAGACCCAAUCGCGAGUAUUUGUGAAAGUUCGCCCGACUCGGUGCGCGCUGGUGCCUAUAAUUAUAUACAUACGUAGGUUUAAAAUAAAAAAUGAAAACAAAGCAAAUAUAGAUGAAUAAUAUUAUAAAACAAAUUAAUUAACGACGGAUUAGCCAUUGCCUACUGCUACUAAUAUUAUACAUAUAUAAAUAAUUAUUAUACAUAAUUAUACUGAUAUACUCUUAUACAUGAUGAAAAAAAAAAAUAAUUAACUGCAUCUGCUGAUUUUUCUCUUUUUUCGUAUGAAAAAAAAUAAACAAAUAAAUGAAAGACGACGAUUAUAUUGUUACGUGUACACAAGAAAGGCUAGUGCGAGAGCGUGUGCGUGUGCCCGCGAGAGUGUAUGCGAAGUAAAAAGAAAACAAUUGAAAUACGGCGAUCUAAUUGCAGCUGUGAUUUUCCACUAUAUUGAUACAUAUAUAGAUCCAAAAGCACGUAUGCGAGUUUACGCGCCUUAAUUGCCGAGAAAACAUUUUUACAUUAAUACACUGAUAUAUAUAUUAUACAAUUACCAAGAUGUACAUGUGCAAAAAAAAAAUUUAACUGAGAACAACAAACAAGGGGGGUUGAAUGCGAGUUUUUGUUAUGUACCGUAUAUUGAAACGCCAUAUGAAGCGCCUGUGUCUUUAAUAAUAAUAAUAUGCAUCAAAAAAGGGAAAAUGACAAAAAUGUGUUCUUUCUACAUACCGACUUCUUUGCGGGGUUUCUUCGUUUUCUCCUCGAAAUAUAGUAUACAUGAAAAAAAAAUACACAUCUGUGAAAAUAAGCAAAAAAAAUUAUAAGCCGAUCGAACUAUAUACAAAAAUAGAAAAAAAACAAAGAAACUUAUGCCUUCGCGGUCGUUUUACGAGAUCGGGUCAAAAAAUAAAUUAAAAGACAGAAACAAAAAUCGAGAAAUUAUCUCUCAACAAAAACCCAUUUGUAUACAUUAUAUAUAUGAAGUGGCCUUGCGGAUAACUAACUAAACUACUAACUAUUAACUAUCUUAAAACUACGACUAUACAAUUACGACUUCAUCGUUCAUUUUCGAUUUUCGAUCGCGGGGCUAUUGUACCCAACACAUAUUGAGUUUUGCCGGACUUUGUAUACUUUUCGCCUCGAGAACACGACGCGACACACACACACACACACACACACACACACACAUGUAAUAUUAUAUAUGAUACACGACACAAGCGAUUGAGUAUGCUACAGACAAAAAAUGAAGAGAAUCGGGUACGUGUCCCGUUUUCUCGCGCUAAACUCCUAACUUGUAUAAUCCUAUACACACACACGGACUCAUUUUCACAAAUUAUAUAUUACAAUGUAUACAAUGUAAAAUAUGGAUUGUCUCGUUUUCUUUAAACGUACGAGUUUUUACAAAAAUUAUGUCACGAUUGUCAGCCCGUGAAUCGCUCAUUAAUCCUGGUAGAAAUGUUCAUCAUUGAUGAUGACUUAAAGACCAAAAAGUUACCAUUUGAAAUGUUUCAAAAUACAGUACCAUUAAUUUACUCAGUUUCAGUAAAUUUUUUCAUUACAAUUAUGUUACAACAAUUAAGCGCAUUUUAAAUAAUCUUUAAAUGUCAAUUUAUUAUUUGAUUGAACAAUUUUAGACAAAUUUUCAACCACUUAAAAUACGGUAAUACAUGUAUUACUUUAAGCCAUUGCCACUAGAUGGCGAGUACCUUGUAUCUGUGAACUUGCAAGUGGCAAAGUAAAAAUAAUAGUAUAAGUCAUAGCAUGAUUUGGCGUAAAAGUACAAAGAAUUCUUAUUAUUAGUCAUUUACUUUUGAGCAUUUCUAACAGGGUUACGAAAUUCGUGAUGUGAAUUAUUAUUAUUGUUAAUACACGUCGUACAAAACGUGAAACAAAACGUCAGACUUUACUAGUUUACAAUAAAAAACACAAACGCGACUGUUCAUCCGUUGUAUAUUAAAGCUUCGAGUUUGAGAAAUUUGACGAAAUAUAACGUGUGGCCAAGUCGAUUUACCAACGAGGAAAAAUAGAGGCACGCUUGCACGAAGCUUUUUCUUAGCUUUCGAGAUAUAAUGUAUAGUAACCGAACAAAAAAAAAUAUCGUUAGAGCCGAGCGCAGAACAUUAAUCGAGGGCAAGGGUGAGAUAUUUAUGAGAAAGUUAUAGUAAAGCGAUAAAUAUCUUUAGAGGAUAUAAAGCUUGCGGGUGCCUGCCAUGAGCAUACAACAUACCACCCACAUACACUCACACAUAGACAGGAUACGACAGUUUCGAGAUUUUUUGUUUCUCCCCCCUAUAUUUCCCUUUUUUUAUAUAUUACAAUAAUAACUCGUGAGAAUCGGCAGAAAAAAAAUCACCAACGCGUUGUUAAAACGAUUAACAUAAGAAUCUCAUGUGAUACGUAUAGAUAUCGUGCAAUUAUUUGAUGAAAAAAUGAAUUGAUUAAUUUUAAUUACGUUUAAGCCUUGAAUAACGCGUAACGUUUAAGGAAUUGGCGCCGGAGCGUUGACAUUUUCUUUUUUGUAUCAUAAUUUCCUGCAUAUUGAAAUCGUUGCCACUCGAUGUACGAGUAUAAAAACAGACAACAUAUUAUUAAAAAAAAACCAAAAAGAAGUAAGAAUGCGAUAUGUAAAACUAAGUCGUCCAAUGAAGACGUUAAAAUAAUUAUAGUUAGAAAAACAAUUAUUAAUACGUAUAUUAUACUGUCUUUACAGAGGAUUGCUUGUAAGAUUCGAAAAAUUAUUGUAAAAGUCUCGUUACUGUCGAGCGACUGAUGUAAAAAGCUAUAUAACUGUAUGAACAAAAAAAAUAAUGAAGAAAGUAUUCUCGUUCAUUUUUUACACUUGAAUAAUAAUAAUUGUAAUGAUAAUUUAAGACGAGGUGAAUAUUACAAGAUGUAGGAAUAUAUGAAAAAAAAAAAGAACAACAACCACACGAACAACAAAAUGUAUAAUAAAGUAUGUUGGGACUUGACAGAUAUAAAAAAAGUUAAAAGCAUAGAUUAAUAGGUGAAAAAUUAUAUUCAAAAACGCGUAUCGUGCUUCGCAUAAUUCUGUAUGUGUUCGAUAGGCAAAAGUCAAAUAAAAAAAUCACCGACGAAAACCAAAUCGACUUGCGUUGAGACGAGUGGAUGGAAACCAAAAAAAAAAUUCACCAUACACGUAGAUCGAUACGAAAAAUUUUCAAUGGUACAAGCGUGGAAUGAUAUACGACAAAAAACAAAUUUGUAAAUUUCUAUAGAUAAAGUUUCUAUACUAUCAUUAAACAAAACAAAAAAUAACAUAAUUAAAUAAAGUAAGAAAAAUAGUGCGAGCGCGUACGAUUAUACGCUUUUUGAAUUUUUGUUAAGUUUCAAUAAUUCAGCACAACUCGCUCAUGAAGCAAAUCGUUGCUAUAUCUUUUUGUAAUUUUUAAGUAGGCCUAAUUAACAAAAGAAAAAGACAUUUUAUCAAUCGACCAUAAUUUAUAUUUACGAGCGAUCAAAACGAUUCAAUCAAUCAAAAAAGAAAACAAGUAAAAAAACAGUUUCGUUUGAAUACGCUUGUCUCUUAUUAUAAAUGGCAUAAGUUGUUUCAUGAAAAUAUAUCAUCUAUUAUAAUAAAUACUGCCAAGCCAGUGAACGUAAUAAAAAACAAUUCAAUCGUCAAUAGGCAUAAUUGUAAAUAUUAAACACUUUUUGACGAAUAGACCUGCUUGAAAAAAAAACAUGUUUAUAAAGUACUUGCAAUCUUCCCGAUGUUUGUAUGAGCGUUCGUAUGGUUUAUUCAGCACCAUUACAGCGAAAGAGGAAAAUUCUGUAAUAUUUUUUUUUCGAUGUUUGAGUAUACGUUUCGAAUAGAGACCGAUUGUCCUUAACACUUCUCGAAUUUAUAUGAUUUGAUCCACAUUCGACAAAGUUUAUUUGAUAUACAGGACCUAAGCCGAAGAAAAAUCAUGCUAUAAAAACACACGAAUAGGAGAAAAUGAUAAAAUACAAAAAAAAAUAUUUAAAACGAACCCCCGCCGACCAGUCGCGCGGCGCCGAAACAAAUUAACGGGGGUUGCCAAAGCAGCAAUACUAGAUGUACAUAAUAUUGUAAUUAAACCAAAAAUAAAAAAGGAAAUGAAGAAAAAGAUGUAUAUAUUAUUCACUAAAAUGCAUACGACGAAUUAUAAGAAAAAAAAUGAAUUGUUUAGAAGUGCGAUUGCGAUUAUACGAUGUGUGCGAGUGUGAGUUGUAACGUGCGAUGCGUAUUACAAAAAAAUAAAAGCUAUAUAGUCGGAUAAUUUCGUUGAAUUUUAAAAUACUUGUGUUUUUAAUUAAUCCGCUUUGUUAUGUUUCACAAUUGUUAGCUCGAAGCGAUCGUCUGAGAAAAUUUUAUCUGCUGUUAUACAUUGGUGUACCUAACGAAAAGCAAAAAAAAAAAAAAAACAAAAACCACUGUUCAUUAGAUGUAAUAUUUACACCGACAGGGUUUUUUUUUGUCGUCGAGAGAGAAAAUAAGUAAGGAUCGUCUGGUGUACGAUCGUCAAAUGUUGGUUAUAUUGAAAUCUAUUACUCGCUGGUUAAAACGAUCGAAAGUAUAUCAAGCAAUAUAGUUCGACAAAUAAAAAAAAUCUUAAUACCGAAUUAUGCUCUUCGUUAGAAAUAUUAAUUUUCGAAUCGUACCCGUACCAUAGUCGUAUUAUUUAAGUUUUUUGUUUUUCUUAAGGAAGAAAGUUGAAUCGUUGAAGUAAAAAAGCACUUACAAAAAAAACUACGUACAAUCGCCUGAAAUCACUUAAUUAAAAAUAUACUUGCCAUUUUGAGUUCGCAAGACCAAAUCAUUGAAAAAAAAAGAAAAUUUUUGUCAAAUUUCUCUCACGGAAUUGCCUAAUGCACAACAUACGAAAUGAAUAGCUCAGCUUCUAAAAUAAAUCAGAGCGCAAGAGUGUAACGAUGUAACGAUAUGAUUUUCUUUUUGGAAUUUCUCGGGAGGGGCGAAUAGAAGAAUUGAUUUAUCUUGGAAAGUACGCGACGCAAUUUAAAUAAAGAAAAAAAAGUGUUACAGAUCGAGUAAGAUUUUAGUAUAGCCAAAUACGAUAUAGCAGGCUCUAUCGUAGGAACUAAUUAUACAUAUAAAUAUAAAUAUAUUGAAAAAAAAAAUAAUAAUGAUAAUGAUAAAA